AAAGCAUGCCGGCAAACCGACAUCAAAUUCAGUUUGUUUUUCUUCGCCAUAGAAGACAAGUUUCGUUAAUUAGGAACGGUCAAUUCUACUGUGAAUACCAAAAUAAGUAUGAAAUUGUUGUUGCUGGCCUUCUUAGCCAGUGUAGCGCUUUGCUCCGCUGGUAUAAAAGAGGAAAUAGUAGCUGCUGAAUAUUUGCAGAACCUUAAUGCAGAAAUAGCUAGACGCACGAAUAUCGAGACCGAGGCUUCUUGGAACUUUGCUAGCAAUAUAACCGAUGAGAAUGAACACAAAAAGAAUGAAAUCUCUGCUGAACUAGCGAAAUUUAUGAAGGAAGUCGCUAAGGAUAUUGCGAAGUUUGACUGGAAUCUUUUUCAAUCCGACGAUUUGAAACGUCAGUUUAAAAUGUUUUCCAAAUUGGGCUACGCUGCUUUGCCUGAUGAUGACUACGCUGAGUUAUUAGACGUUCUUUCUUCAAUGGAAUCAAAUUUUGCCAAAGUGCGCGUAUGUGAUUAUAAAGAUAACAAUAAAUGUGAUAUGUCGUUAGAUCCAGACGUAGAAGAGAUUAUUACUAAGAGCCGAGAUCCCGAAGAACUGAAACAUUACUGGUUAGAGUUUUAUAAUAAAGCUGGAACUCCGACCCGUAAACACUUUGGGAGAUAUAUUGAAUUGAAUACUAAGGCCGCACAACUAAACAAUUUCACUUCUGGUGCUGAAUUGUGGCUAGAUGAGUAUGAAGAUGAGACCUUUGAGCAACAACUGGAGGACAUUUUCGAAGAUAUUAAACCGUUAUAUCAUCAAUUGCACGGUUAUGUGCGUUAUCGUUUAAACCAACACUAUGGUGAUGAUGUGGUGUCGAGAACCGGACCCAUACCAAUGCAUUUAUUGGGUAAUAUGUGGGCUCAACAGUGGUCUGAUAUUGCUGAUAUAAUAUCUCCUUUUCCCGAAAAGCCUUUGAUUGAUGUUACCAGCGAAAUGGUCAAACAAGGUUAUACGCCUUUGAAAAUGUUCGAAAUGGGUGACGAUUUCUUUACAUCCAUGAAUUUAACGAAAUUACCAAAAGAAUUCUGGGAAAAGAGUAUUUUGGAAAAGCCUACAGAUGGACGCGAUUUAAUAUGUCAUGCCAGCGCCUGGGAUUUUUAUUUAGUGAAUGAUGUUCGCAUUAAACAAUGUACUCGGGUUACUCAAGAUCAAUUCUUUACCGUUCACCAUGAAUUGGGUCAUAUUCAAUAUUUUUUGCAAUAUCAACAUCAACCAUUUGUCUAUCGUUCUGGGGCUAAUCCUGGUUUCCAUGAAGCCGUCGGUGAUGUUCUUUCUCUAUCGGUAUCCACGCCAAAGCACUUGGAACUAGUGGGUCUGUUAAAAGAUUAUGUACAUGAUGAAGAAGCUCGUAUCAAUCAAUUGUUUUUGACUGCCUUGGAUAAGAUUGUUUUCUUGCCCUUUGCUUUUACAAUGGAUAAAUAUCGUUGGGCCUUGUUCCGUGGUGAAGUGGAUAAGUCUGAAUGGAACUGUGCUUUCUGGAAUUUGCGUGAACAAUAUUCAGGUAUUGAACCACCAGUUGUACGAACUGAAAAAGAUUUUGACGCUCCUGCUAAAUACCACGUUUCGGCCGAUGUGGAAUACUUGAGAUAUUUGGUAUCCUUUAUCAUCCAGUUCCAAUUCUAUAAGAGCGCCUGCAUUAAGGCAGGUCAAUACGAUCCCAAUAAUCCUCAAAUGCCUCUGGAUAACUGCGAUAUCUAUGGUAGUGUGGAGGCAGGAGAAGCGUUUCAUAAAAUGCUUUCAUUGGGUUCUUCUAAACCAUGGCCUGAUGCAUUAGAAGCUUUUAAUGGUGACCGCAUUAUGACGGGUAAAGCAAUCGCUGAAUAUUUUGAACCUUUGCGAGUUUGGCUAGAGGCUGAGAACAUCAAGAAUAAUGUAAACAUCGGUUGGGACAAGUCUGAUAAAUGUGUCGCUGCUUAAGGGUCCUUUUCUCUGCUACAAAUUUGGUAUUAAUUAAGUUAAUAUUUCCAAUGUAUGUGUGUUAGUUAUCUUCAGCAGUAUUAAAAUAAAAGACAGCUCACUCUUGUUGAA